AUGCCUGAAACCAUUCUCGUCACUGGAGCCUCAGGCUUUGUGGCCUCACACAUCAUCCAACGAUUCCUCGAAGCAGGGUACAAUGUCCGUGGCACCGUACGUUCCGCCUCGUCCGCCGAGAUUGUACAGUCCCGCUACCCCCCAGAAUACACAGACCAGCUCUCCUUCGCAAUCGUCCCCGACAUCGCCGUCCCAGGGGCUUUCGAUUCCGCUGUCCGGGACGUCUCCGGAGUCAUCCACACCGCCAGCCCCUUCUUCCUCGCUGUAACCGACAACGAAGCCGAUCUCCUACAGCCUGCCAUCCAGGGCACGCUAAACCUCCUCAAUGCCAUUGCCGCACAUGGGCCCACCGUUAGCCGCGUUGUCGUCACCUCUUCCUUCGCCGCGAUCCUCGAUCUCAUGAAAGGCCUUCGGCCCGGUUACCGAUAUACGGAAGCAGACUGGAACCCGUGCACCUACGAGGAAGCCAAAUUAACCACCGACGUGAGCUUCGCCUACUGCGCAUCCAAAGCCCUCGCCGAGCGCAAGCUGUGGGAUUGGAUGUCCCAGCAGCAGCAAGGACAGCCCACCUUCAGCGUCACGACCAUCUGCCCGCCCUGGAUUUUUGGGCCCGCCCUAGGAGAACCCAACCGCGGGAACAACCGCUUGAACGAGUCAUCGGAGGUCAUUUACAACCUGAUCAAUGGGUCUCGGAGUAACGUUCCGGACCAUGAUUUCUUGGCGUUCGCGAAUGUCAGCGACGUGGCGGAGGCCCAUUACCAGGCGUAUACUCGCGAGGAAGCGGGCGGGGAGCGCUUUCUUGUUUCUGGAGGCCGGUUUCUCUAUGGAGAGGCGUGCGAGGUUAUUCGAAAGAGGUUUCCACAGCUGCGGAAGAAGGUUCCGCAUGCUGGUGGUGGUGCCGCUGUCGAGACGUAUGUUGCGGACGGAAGCAAGGCGGAGAGGGUGCUGGGGCUGCGAUAUCGCAGUCUAGAGGAUACCUUGGUAGAGACCGUUGAUGAUCUCUUGAGGAGGUUUCCGGUUAAGUGAUGGUGUGCCUGGUCGCGUUCUAUGUAAUUUCUAAGAUUAGUACGUGCUUCUGAUCUUUCAGUGCGCUCUGUGUUAAGUAGUCCCAUAUUUCGCCGGUCGUGAAGCUGUGAAUAAUACCAUUGGUCAUUUCUCAGUUAGAAAUCCCUUCGCAAUUGUCCACGGUAUUGUGUAUUCUUUCCGGUCCAAGUAAGGAGACUCGAGGUCUGAUAAAAU